AAGGAAUCAACACCGGCCAAUGAAUACACCAUGGUUACAACUUUUUUUAUCUAUUCGAGUUUUUCCACAACACGUGCCUUCUGGUGGUCGUAUUUGCAAUGGAUGUGGUUUAUUGUUCUCCAAAUGGAAACAUUCAUAUCCUGAAUAUACUCAUGUGAUCGAAUAUGUUGAUAGUAAUUGUGAGAAAAAUGAAGAACAAGGAAAGGUAAGUCGGUUUUAUAUAAAUACUGAGUAUCAUUUUCUUCACUUAUGCGAUAUUGUAUAGGAUGACGAUAAUGAUUUCGAAAUGAAGAUUGAUUUUCCGCCAUUACCACAAACAUUGCCUCAUGAGUCCGAUUUCAUGUUCGUUCCUUAUGUACAUAUAUUCCAAAAUCGGAGUAUACAGAGUUACAAAGUCGUCCAGAAGCACUACUUAUUCCUUUCGUUGAUUUAUCAAUGAACGUUUCAGUUACAUCCCAUAGGAUGUGCUGUAUUUGUCGAGAACAAAUAGCUGCGCCCUCUGUGACAAUAUCUGAGAGCGAACGAGAGCGUGUUUUUUUUGUUAAAAAUAUCGUUAUACCACUUGGAACUCGACGCUGCUCAAAACACGUCGAACACCACUAUCUCACCAGUGAUGCUAUGUCUAAAUUAUAUCCGAAGAUCUCCACUAAACAUUCUGGUGGUCGUCCAGAUAUGAAUAUCUCAACAAAACCCAUUCAUUCCGUCAUUAUUCGUACUGUUCGCUUAUUUCUUGCACCUGCAGUUUUAUUUAAAACGAAAAAUCGUUUUUUCUUCACACGUCGAUUAUUACUUACCGGAACAUUAUGUACUAGUAUACCUCUAACUUAUAUUACCUUUAAAUGUAUAAUUGUGAACAAUACGUCCUUAUUAUCUGAAUGGAGCAAACGACUGUUGAUUUUACAUGCAAAAACAGCUGAUUUAACAACAUUAGAGUAUCAGCUGUUUGAAGCAGCUCAUGACGAUAAAUUAGAUACAUUGAAACGAUUAAUUGAACAGGAAAAUAUUAAUGUGAAUAGCCGACAUCCAUUAGGAUGGUCUGUAUUACAUGUAGCAGUGAUCAAUAACAAUAUAGAAUGUGUUAGAUAUCUUCUUCAGAAAGGAGCUGAUCCAAAUGUCUGUGACGAAUAUACAAAUGUAUCACAAAUGGCAAAAAAGUUACAAUGGCAUCCCGUUCAAGUUCAUAGUGCAAGAGAAGAAGAAUUUUGUGAUCGUUUAUCAAGUCGUGCAACGUUCAAAGGUUUUACGCCGUUGCAUUAUGCUGUUUUAAUGGAUAACAUUGAAAUUGUUCAAUUAUUGAUUGAGUAUAAUGGUAAUCUAUUACUAGAAAAUGAACAGGGGCAUUUACCGUCGGCAUAUGCAUUGGCACAUAGAAAAGAUUUAUUACUACUGUAUGAAAAAAGUGCUCAGAAACUGCAUGAACAGCGUAUGAGAGACGAACGUCGAAAACGGCCACUCGAAGUUAGAAUUAAAGAAAAUAUAAUUGGACAAAAUCAUGCUAUAUCAACAGUUUGUGCUGCUAUUCGGCGAAAAGAGAGUGGUUGGACAAACGAUGAAUCUCCAUUGGUGUUUUUAUUCUUAGGAUCAUCUGGAGUUGCUAAACAAGUUGCUCGGUAUUUAAAUGGUGAUAAGAAACAAAAUCGUUGUUUCAUUCGUAUUGAUAUGUCGGAAUAUCAGGAAAAACAUGAAGUUUCCAAAUUAAUUGGCGCUCCUCCUGGUUAUAUUGGCUAUACCGAAGGCGGACAACUCACAGAUGCACUACAAAAGUGUCCCUCGGCCAUUGUUUUAUUCGACGAAGUUGAUAAAGCUCAUCCAGAUGUUCUCACUGUAAUGUUACAAUUGUUUGAUGAAGGUCGGUUGACAGAUGGUAAAGGCAAAACAAUUGAUGGAAAAAAUGCCAUUUAUGUCAUGACAAGUAAUUUGGCUAGUGAAGAGAUUGCACAGUAUGCUCAAGAAUUGAGAAAAGAAGAGGAAUUAAGAUUAAAGUCAUACAAUAUAAUAAAUGAAACUAGUGAACCAGAUAGUAACCAAAAAAUAACAGUAUCACGACAAUUCAAAGAUAAAGUCGUUAAACCAAUUCUAAAACGUCAUUUUCGUCGUGAUGAAUUUCUCGGUCGAAUUAAUGAAAUGGUCUAUUUUCUUCCAUUCUCAAGAGCAGAAAUUGUAAAAUUAUUAAUAAAAGAAUUGGAGUUUUGGCAAACAAGGGCAAAAGAUAAUCAUGGCAUCAAUUUAAGUUGGGAUCGAAAAGCUUUAGACUGUUUAGCUGAUGGUUAUGAUAUCAAUUAUGGUGCUCGAUCGUUAAAACAUGAAGUAUCACAUCAUCAAAUCGAACGUUCUGUCGUAAAUCAAUUAGCAGCUGCACAUGAACAGGGAAUGAUUGAAUCUGGAAAUCAAAUAUUAUUAACAGCACAAGAAAAUUUGUUUCAAAAAAAUGAUUCAACAUCAAAUUCAUCUGUUAAAUUACAACGAGUCGAAUCGAAAGGCAGCGGACUAUUCGGAAAAAACUCUCAUACGGUGACAUAUACAGAUAUUAUACCAGAAGAUCAUUUGAGAACAUAUUCACUCUAA